AUGGCGAGGUUCUCAGCACGAAACGCUGACUCCAACAUAGUCGACUACCUCCUCAACCCUUCCCCAGACCUUCAGCUCACAGCCGCAUACCCCGUAAACCCUCGACGCAGCACAGCUAUCGCCAUCAUAGUCAUCUACUGCAUCCUCCUCGCGCUCAUGGCAAUACCCUAUUUCCGAACCUUCCUCGUCAUCCAAACAAACCCCGGCUACAUCCGCAAAGGCCCCCACGCCCAACACGUCGCAUCCCCGAGCCAUUCAAGCACAGAAAAGCAGACCUUUCAGCGCUCCUGCGCCCCUACCACCAUCGAAGAACGCCCCCCCAAAUCCCCCUCCCGCACCCGCACCCGCACCCGCAGCCGCAGCCACAGCGCCCCCCGCCUUGACCUCGACCGCAAAGCCAUCUUCGACGGCACCGUCGCCGCGCCGCCCGGCCUCGAGCGCUUCUACACCAAAGACGCCUUCGUAUGCGAUAUGAGCGGCCUCCCCAUCUUCUGUCCGAAGUGCGAUAACUGGAAGCGGGAUCGGACGCAUCAUUGCAGCGAGGUGGGGCGCUGUGUGAGACGUAUGGACCAUUUUUGCCCGUGGAUCGGGGGCAUUGUGUCUGAGACGAAUCUGAAGCCCUUCUUGCAGUUUGUGAUUUAUGCCGCGCUGUAUACGCUAUUUUUGUUGGUGGUGCUGGCGGUGUUUGUGGCGGAGCAGGUUAGGAUUGGGUUGGGGAGGGAUGCGUGGUUUAUUGGGAUACUAGUUACUUCCGCGACGUUCUUCUUCUUCGCCGCCGGCAUGUCCGGCAGCGUCAUCCAGAUGUCCCUCGGCAACUACACCACAGUCGAGAACCUGUUCAAAGGCAACAAGACCUACUUCAUCGCUGUCUACACGGGGCCACAAACCCCGCAAACCGCUCUGCAAAGACCACUAUACCCGACUGUCACCUAUCCGCUCCGCCCAACCUCUGGCGCCGAUAUCCGCCAGUUCGCCAUACUGCAGACCAAGCCGGGCGAGAACCCCUGGGAUCUCGGUGCAACGGCGAAUUGGCAGGAACUCAUGGGCUAUAGUUUGCUCGAGUGGCUGUUACCGAUCAAAUACAGCCCCUUUUGCAAGCAUGGCGCGCGUUACGAAUAUCCGUUUGGACCUGUGCUGGAUCGCAUGAAGCGUGAGGCCGGGCUGAGCAGCGGAUGA